GUCUCUGCCCGCAGGGAAGGAGAAGGAGCCCCUGGAGAAGCUGUAUCAGGUGGGCCCGCUCCUGGGCAGCGGGGGCUUUGGGUCCGUCUAUUCGGGCACCCGCCUGUCGGACAGCGCCCCGGUCGCUAUCAAGCACGUGGCCCGGGACCGGAUCUCUGACUGGGGGGAGCUGCCUGGCGGGAGCAGAGUACCCAUGGAGAUCCUGCUCCUCAAGAAGGUGGGCUCUGGCUUCCGGGGGGUCAUUCGGCUCUUGGACUGGUUUGAGAGACCAGACAGCUUCAUCCUGGUUUUGGAGCGGCCAGACCCAGUGCAGGACCUGUUUGAUUUCAUCACGGAGCGGGGGGCCCUCCCGGAGGAGCUGGCCCGCAGCUUUUUCCGCCAGGUUCUGGAGGCUGUUCGGCACUGUCAAAGCUGUGGGGUGUUGCACCGGGAUAUCAAGGACGAGAACAUCCUGAUUGAUCUGAACAGCGGGGAACUGAAACUGAUAGAUUUUGGGUCUGGAGCAUUGCUCAAGGACACAGUGUACACUGAUUUUGAUGGGACAAGAGUGUACAGCCCCCCAGAGUGGAUCCGCUAUCACAGAUACCAUGGCAGGUCGGCAGCUGUCUGGUCUCUGGGGGUCCUGCUCUAUGACAUGGUCUGUGGGGAUAUCCCUUUUGAACAUGACGAGGAGAUCAUUAGGGGCCAGGUCUACUUCCGACAGAGGGUCUCUUCAGAGUGCCAGCAUCUCGUUAAAUGGUGCCUGGCCUUGAGGCCGUCUGACAGGCCGUCUUUUGAAGACAUUCUAAAUCAUUCUUGGAUGCAAGACGUCCUCUUGCCACAGAAAACAGCAGAGAUCCACCUGCACAGUCUCAUUCGGGAGUCUGGCAAAUAGCAGCUCCUCUCAUCCCUUGUGUAAGACAACUCUCACCAGUGACUGUCUGCCUGUUGCAUGGGAACAUUCAUCUCUCACCCAGAGCUCAGCUACCUGGAGAAUCUUCUGAGAGGCUGGAGGUUGUCAUCCAUCCCAGGCAGACUGGCCUUGGAUGCAUUUGGUCCUGCUUUACUUGAUGUCUCGCCAGUAGACUUCUUGGAUGUCUUCUGGGCACAUCCAUUAGAGUCCUUGACCCGCUGAGUCCUGGAAUAUGAACUGAGCAAGGACCAGAGAAUUAGCAAGAAGGUUUUGCUUGGGAAGACUGGCUGUGGAGGGGGAGGGGAGGUACUGAUUGGAAUGGCUGUCUUGUCACUGUGUCACCGUGUCCGGAGUGCCUUCAGUUGCCAUCAGGGCUGUGCUGGGGGAAAUACUUGAAUCUUCCUAUGCCGCUGCUUCUCCAAGAUUCACCUGGGUUUAUUUUAUCCCCCUUCUUAAGGAACAGGUCAGGCAGCCAUGGGUGAUGCUGACACACCCAGGCUAGUUGUUUCUGAGGUAUGCUGUCUAGCUGGAACUUUCCUUCCUUGGCUCUCUGCUUUGAGCCUUGGAAGCUGAGGCGUCCUCACAGAUGCACAAACAAUGCAACCCCAUAGAGCUGUAAAUGUGUACAGAAUUAUACAGGAAUGAAGCUCGGUGUACAGAGGAUUGUAGUACAGUUUUUACUUUUUUGUUUGGUUUUUAACUUAUUUUCAGGGUUUUUUGUUGUUUUUUUUUUUUUUUUUAAAGGAAAAUCUGUAGCCUGUAGGAUAACUUAUUUAUUUAUUUAUGAAUCCUAUGGGUUCCACGCCCAUGCCUGGCUUCCACAGCUGCAGAUCUGGUUUCCAGUUGGGGGUACCCCCAGACUGCACUGCCUGCUUAGAAUGUUCUGUGUGGAGUGGCCGACUGCUCCCUGCUGUCUAGUUCCACACAUGCCGGGUAUUUGGCUGGGGUGGGGGCCGCCAUGUGUGCAUGUGUAUAUAGCAUGGGUCUAGCCACGCUGUCAGGGAGGGGACCCUGCACUUCAGCACUGUCAAGCCUGUAGAUGUAAUCAGUGUGUAGUCUGCUGGUUUUGUUAAUAGUUAAUAUUGUACAGGGGAGUUCAGAAAUCCUAUUUUUUUUAUACCUGCAGUUUUAAAUAAAAAUGAAUCACUUGCUUUA